AUAAACAUAAGAAUACCCAAUAAUUACCACUGAUUUUUAACUAUUUUUUUUCCAGUCGAACAAAAAUGACAAGUGCGAAACCAGAUGAUUCACUAUCUGAUAUUCAAAAAUUUUUUUAUGGAGCAAAUGUUUUCAUUACCGGAGCUACUGGAUUUUUAGGAAAGAUUUUACUUUACAAAUUGUUUACAUCCUGUCCUGCAAUCAAUGCGAUUUAUAUACUCAUAAGGAACAAAAAAGGAAAGACAAUGGAUGCGCGUUUGGAAGAAAUAUUUAAAGAUCCGGUUUUUAAUAAAACGAACCCAAAAAUCCGUUAUCUCAUCAAAGGGAUUUCCGGCGACUGUUCAAAACCUGGAUUGGGCUUGAGUUCUGGGGACAGAAAGAUAUUAACCGACUGCGUAAACAUUGUUUUUCAUAUGGCGGCGACGGUACGCUUCGAUGAGAAGCUCAGAACCGCUCUGCGGAUCAAUGUGGGUGGGGCAUACGAGACAAUAAAGCUUUGCAGGAUCAUGACGAAUCUAAGGAGUGUGGUACAUGUGUCAACAGCUUACACGCAAUGCCCGCUAAAAAAUAUUGAUGAAAAAUUUUACCCCAUGCCAAAUGGAACGGAGGUAAAAAGACUUUUAUUGAUGGCCGAGUGCAUUCCCGAUAACCUUUUUGAACAUGUAACACCAGUAUUGUUGGGAAAGUGGCCGAACACUUACACUUUUACGAAGGCUGUUGCGGAAGACGUUGUAAGAACUUUUGGUGCAAGCCUGCCAGUUGGCGUCUUUCGACCAGGUAUAGUGAUUUCGACGUACCAGGAACCAGUCGGUGGAUGGAUCGAUAACUUUUAUGGACCAACGGGGGCGAUAGCAGGAGCUGCCACAGGAAUAAUCAGAACCCUACGCUGUGAUCCACAUGCCGUGGCCAAUAUGGUGCCUGUUGAUAUGUGUGUUAAUAGCCUAAUAGCUUCUUCUUGGGAUAUAUUUGAAAGACAAAGGUCUGCAGGAUCUGAACAAGACACUCUAAACAUACCGGUAUAUAACUUCUGUGCUGCCCUAGAGAACCAACUUACCUGGGGCGAUUUCACAUCGAAGACGACUAAGUAUGGGCUAAUGUAUCCAACAAUGAAAGCAAUUUGGUAUCUCUGUUACUCUAAUACGCCGAAUAGGAUGGUGCAUGGCUUGUCUAUAUUCAUCCUGCAUUAUUUACCAGCUCUGAUGUUUGAUACGGUCUGCCUUUGUUUUGGACGAAAACCUAAAUUGAUGAAAACUUACAAAAAGAUUCACCGCUUUAUGACAGUAAUUUCAUAUUUUUCACUACGUGAAUGGAACUUUCAAGUUCACAACGUUCAAAACCUUUGGUCCCGCAUGACAAAAACGGAUAAAAAUAUUUUUUUCUUUGACAUGAGACAACUAGACUGGGAUCUAUUUUUGCAGCAAUACCUACUCGGAAUACGACAAUAUCUAUUGAACGAUCCCUUGGAAACCAUACCAAAGGCACUGGUUCGAUGGAAUCGAUUGUAUUGCUUACAUUGUGGACUGAAAUUGGCAAUUAUUUGCAUUAUUCUUUAUUUAGGGUGGCGCCUAAUUUAAUAAUGAAAUAACUAACUAACUAACAUGUUCACUGUUAAAAAUGUCCAACGUAAAAAAUAAGAAA